UGUGUAUGAGUUGAGAUAGAGCUCAGGCCAGUGAUGGAGGCAGGACUGAACUGCAGCUCUCACUGUGAGUCUGGCGUCUGCUUCAUCUAUCCAGGAGUGAACAGCCAGCAGGGCUGGGACGUCCUGCAGAGACUCUGUGCGCUCUCAGCGAGGGGUGUGGAUGUACAGAGUCGAUCGCUGUCUCCUGCUCUUCGUGCUGGAGUCUGGACGCUGCUCUCUUGUGGGAUUCUGCUGGCGCUCUUCUUCCUCAUUUUCACUCUGCGCUUCAAAAACAACAGGAUAGUGAAGAUGUCCAGUCCCAAUCUGAAUGUGUUGACUCUCUGUGGCAGUGUACUCACAUACAGCAGCGGCUUCUUAUUCGCCUUGGAGGAGAGAGCACCGCUGUCAGGAGCAGGAUCAAGAGCUUUCUUACAGGUGCGGAUGUGGACACUGUGUAUUGGCAGCUCUCUGGUGUUUGGCCCCAUUCUUGGGAAAACAUGGCGGCUCUACAGAGUGUUCACUCAGCGUGUGCCAGACAAGAGAGUGAUUAUUAGAGACAUCCAGCUGAUGGGUUUGGUUGCUCUGCUGGUACUAGUGGAUGUUGUUGUUCUAGCAGCAUGGGGUCUGACGGAUCCGAUCAAGUGCUCUCGCUCUGUUAGUGCUAUGGUGAAGGUAGUGGAGCGGGAUGCAUCCUACUCUCUGUCCCAGUUGGACUCCUGCUCUUCUCUCUACUCGGACUUGUGGGUAAUCCUGCUCUCUGUGCUUAAGGGCAGCCUCCUCCUGUACGGCACGUAUCUUGCCGGCCUGACAAGCAAUGUGAGCUUACCUCCAGUAAACCAGUCUAUGACCAUCAUAGGUGCUGUCUGUCUGGUUACCAUGUCGAGCGCUGUGGCCGUACCUGUCUCUCUUUACCUGAACGCCUGGCCCAAUGUGGUCUACAGUGUAGUGUCUGGAGCCAUCUUCAUCUGCACAGUGGCCAUAAACUGUCUACUGUUUGUCCCUCAAUUGACCCAGUGGAGGCAGUUUGAAGAGGAGACAAACUCUCACUCCAGUCAAAUGGCCAAAUACUUCAGUAGUCCCAGCAAGACCACACACUCCAUGUACAGCGAGGAUGAGAUCUAUUAUCUACUUGGAGAAAAUGACUCAAUGAAAAGACUCAUCAGUGAGAAGAAUGCUGUUAUUGAUAGCCUGCAGGAACAAGUGAACAAUGCCAAGGACAAGCUGCUCAAACUGAUGACUGCUAGCCACCCCUUGGAUGGAGAAAUGGACUCCUCCAACACUAACCUCAACUCCACCUCCACCCAAACAACAGUGGUAUCUCCUGAUUCUCCAACUCUUCUUCUAAUGAAAUACUCAGAAGUUGCUCCCACCAGAGCUCUCGCUCCACCUCCCUAUGUGCCUCCUCCAUCACUUCCCGCUCACACUACCUCACAGCAAACAUCCUCUGAAGGUCCAGUAGCUACGGAUGUUGUGAGUCUGAAUGGAAACACAGAAGAAGAAGUUCCAACCAUGAACAAUCUCAGAAACUCAGGUCUUGGAAAAGAGAUUUCGGAGAAGCCACUAGAUGUGCCUUCGGAUCGAGCCAAUUUAGCCCAGGGUUCCUCUCCACUAGGUCCCGCUCGAUGUAGUUCACCACAGGUUGAGUCUCCAGUGCCAUCGGCUUCUGUUGAGCUUCUCGCCAUGUCACCGACGGGACGACAAGGUUUUGUAACUAAUGAGCAGCUGGUGGAGAUCUUGCAGGACCUGAGUGUGGAUGCUGUAAGUAGCUCCGCCAAGUCCCACGACCGGGCGCGAAGCCCGUCCCUCAAUCCAGAUGAACUGAGCACGGCUCUUUCUCCUCUAUCUCCUCUACAGUUCUUCUUCCCCACCAUCUCACCCUAUGUCAUGCGUAAACGCAGACCACCUUUUUACUCCUCAAGAGGUGUACCUCCCCCUUACUAUUUUCCAGGCUCGGUUCCUCCAGGGCGGAGGAGGGCACCAGCACUACCGGACCAUGGAAAGUUGAGGGAUGAUGACUCUCAAAGACAAGACUUGUGGCAUAAGGGAAAGAGGAGGAGAAGGGGUGAGAAAGCACAGGCUCGAUGUGGCUCGGGACAGGAGAGUUGGGAAUGUUCUUCUCACAAAUGCUCCAUUACGCCUUUCACAGGACAGGUUCCUCAGCCUGCCUCUGCUGGACUGAUAGAGGGGGUUAAACACUCAGAGGAGCCAUAUGACUACUCAGACUCAGACUCCAGCAGCUCAGAGGACUACUGUUACUACCAGCGGCCCUACUGCGGGGCCUGUCAUCAGCUCUACGACUCCACAGACAGCCUCACCUCAGGGACCUCUGACAGCGAGGAUGAGGACUUCUACAAGUCAGCACAUCCUGCUGUAAACUUUAAAGUGGACCUUAAACCAACCUUUGUAUGAACAGACUGCA